CAAUUUUCUCUACUAUUCGAGUACUCAAAGUUCUUUUUACCUCGCGGCACGAUGGGUAUUUCGCGGGAUCAUUGGCAUAAGCGGAGAGCCACGGGUGGAAAGAGAAAGCCCAUCCGUAAGAAGAGGAAGUUUGAGUUAGGACGUCCAGCUGCAAACACUAAGCUUGGACCACAGCGGAUUCAUACGGUCCGUACACGAGGAGGUAAUAAGAAGUACAGAGCUCUUAGAUUGGAUACAGGAAACUUCUCCUGGGGCUCUGAGUGUAGUACCAGAAAAACUCGUAUCAUCGAUGUUGUUUACAAUGCGUCUAACAAUGAAUUGGUGCGAACUAAAACUCUGGUGAAGAAUGCCAUUGUCACCAUUGAUGCCACGCCAUUCAGACAAUGGUAUGAGGGUCAUUACGUCCUUCCUCUCGGCCGCAAAAGGGGUGCUAAAUUGACGGAAGCUGAGGAGGAAGUAUUGAACAAAAAACGUUCCAAAAAAAGCGAAUCCAAAUACAAGGCUAGACAGCGAUUUGCUAAGGUUGAACCUGCUUUAGAAGAGCAGUUCGCAACGGGACGUGUUCUUGCUUGCAUAGCAAGCAGACCUGGCCAAUGUGGCAGAUCGGACGGAUAUAUUCUGGAAGGCAAGGAACUCGAGUUUUAUAUGAGAAAGAUCAAGAGCAAGAAGGCUAAAUAAAUAUGAAAUGUAUAAUGAAUAAAAAAAAUCUUGAAAUAUAAGAAAAAUCUUA